GUCAACGUCCAACUUCCGCCAGUUGGCCAGUCGUUAUAUACGCACACCACAGCGCGCAUUGCCUUGCACAUGGCCACCUGCUCCCUCAGUCUCGCUGCUAAAUUACUCACAUCGCUCACUACGCUACGCCCGCCGUUACGUCGAUCGCCGCUGAGCGUUCCAUCGAUCACGCAAUCGUUCGUCACUAAAACUAUUGCCAGGGUUUCAGUGAUUAGCGCAGACUACAAGAAAUUGAAUUUCAGAGUGAUGUCGUCGAUGGGGACGGAGAAAGGCAAAGGGAAGGUACAGGUGUUCGACACGGAGGAAGCUCUGGCGGUGUCUCUGGCGAAAUACACCGCCGAUCUGUCGGAUCAUUUUGCGAAAGAGAGAGGUGCUUUCACCGUUGUUUUUUCUGGUGGUUCUCUGAUCAAAUCUCUCAGGAAACUAGUAGAAGCUCCAUACAUUGAUUCGGUGGACUGGUCGAAAUGGCAUGUAUUUUGGGUGGAUGAGAGAGUGGUUCCUAAGGAUCAUGAAGAUAGCAACUAUAAGCUCGCCAACGAUGGUUUUCUAUCAAUGGUACCGAUUCCCACUGGUAACGUCUACGCCAUCAAUGAAGCACUUUCAGCAGAAGGUGCCGCUGAUGACUAUGAGACCUGUGUCAAACAUUUAGUCAAGAUAAACACAAUAGAUUUCUCUCAGGCUAGUGGGUUCCCGAAAUUCGAUCUCAUGCUACUGGGUAUGGGGCCAGAUGGACACGUGGCUUCCCUAUUCCCGGGACACCCUCUUGUCCAUGAGAACAAACAAUGGGUGUCCUUUAUCGAGGACUCCCCAAAACCACCACCCCAGAGAAUUACUUUCACUUUUCCAGUUAUCAACUCCUCUGCAAAUAUUGCGCUUGUGGUAGCAGGGGCUGGUAAAGCUGACGCAGUGAAUGUGGCAUUGGGUGAUGGACAGAAUCCUGAUUUGCUGCCUGUAAAAUUGGUUUCGCCCGAGGGGGAGCUGACAUGGUUUUUGGACAGGGGAGCAGCUUCUAAGCUUUAGCUAUUUAGCCAUGCCUCUGGCUCUUCGAGUCGACGUAUAGCACAAAAAUUACGUUCUUUUUUACUUCAUGCAUUAUCUGUAUGGUUGGUAAUGUUUCAUAGAGAAUUUUAUGACUCGUGUGUAUAGUUGAUGAACGUGGGGUUUUACUUCAUUCCAUGCUGGCGGCUAGUUUAUUUGGAUUAUGUGGUACCAAAAUAAUGUUUCCUUCAAAUUCUCCUCUUAAUUUGGGUUUCAUUUCUUACCA